AGCUCAAGGUCAGCUUGCGCAACUUUCCUGUAUUUCUGGGACCGUUGAUUUCCAUAACAGACUCGGUGCUGCAAUCUCUGAAGGUAACGUGGGAGACUCGGUAUUCGACGGAAUUACUUUUUGGUGUCGUCGUGGCACGGCAUGGACCUGUGCCUCCGCCGUUUGUCCUUUUUAAUUGGCCGGUGGAACGGAUGAGAUGCACCGAGCGAGUGUGGCACUUUUUUUGCCAAGACUGCUUCCAUUGAAUGCCUCAUAUCUGGUGGGGCCGCUUCACCUUCACUACCGGACGGCCUUGAUCGUGGAACCAUCAAAAGCAUCAUUUACUUCCAACUCUCAUGAUCCAUGUGCUACUAUGGUAUGGAUGCGGUUUUAUGAAUCGGAUGCCAUCGAUGCUGUGGGAGCCCUUCAUGCAACAGCUGAGCUGUGCCCCACGUAUUUUGGUCCUCUCUUCCCUAAUCAUCAUCACCGGUCUCCUGGUCUCCUUCCGUAUUGGUAUCCGACCUAAAACAAAAAUAAAUAAAUAAAUAAAAAUGGUAACGUUUGAGGUGUCAGCGUACUUCUUUUGUUUUUUUAUCCUCCUAAUCUUUUUCCUCGGUUUGGCCCACCAAGCGGGCAAGCAGCUGUUCGCCUCACGUCGCCUGCAUCCGAUCUCGAUCGGACGGCCACUGUCUGCGUGGCCACCUAUUGUUCCUCCGGCGCCAGUCAUUCUAGCGUGCAGAGGCGCUACUCUGGGUUCUCAUUGGCCCGUGCCUCGAUCUGUACAGCCGACGGUCGCAUAAUCCAAUCCGUGCACUCUAUAGUCAAAGGGACUUCGCCGCCCCUCAUCAUCACCAUCCGUCUCCCAUCUCCCGAGUCCUUCUGCACGACACGUCAGCGGCAAACCGAUGGCAUCAUCAUCAUCUUUGCUCGUACCAAGGGUUUCCUCCGUUUUGGCGUCUUCCGCAUUUAGCACAGGGGGCACGAAAUAGAAGGGGAAGAGCUCACAAAUAAUAAUGAAAUAUUAGAUCUUCGGGAGUUGAGGCUUGAGAGGGGAGAAGAGGGACAAAGGGGGGACGACUGAGUGGAUCGAAUCCUCGGCGGUUGCUGUUGCUGUCGCUGCUGCCUUUGCCUCUUAGGGUUUUUUUUGGGGGAUCCGAAGAGGAAGAGAUGGAUGCGGGAGUCCAGCCCUCGGACACCGACAUGGCGGAGGCGGGCCCGCCCCCCCAGCGGGCUGCAGCGCCGGCAGCGGCAGCUGCAGCGACGCCUCCACCCGGGCUGGAGAGCAUUCAGGCGACUCUCAGCCACGGCGGGCGCUUCAUCCAGUACAACAUCUUCGGGAACAUUUUCGAGGUGACGUCCAAAUACAAGCCCCCCAUCAUGCCCAUCGGAAAGGGCGCCUACGGGAUCGUCUGCUCCGCUUUGAAUUCGGAGUCUGGAGAGAAAGUGGCGAUUAAGAAGAUCGCCAACGCUUUUGAUAACAAGAUCGACGCAAAGAGGACGCUCCGUGAGAUAAAGCUUCUUCGGCACAUGGAUCAUGAAAAUGUUGUUGCUAUAAGAGAUAUAAUACCACCUCCUGUGCGAGAAACAUACAACGAUGUCUACAUUGCUUAUGAAUUAAUGGAUACCGAUCUCCAUCAAAUUAUUCGCUCAAAUCAAUCUUUGUCUGAGGAGCACUGUCAGUAUUUCCUUUAUCAGAUCCUUCGUGGAUUAAAAUAUAUACAUUCGGCGAAUGUUCUUCACAGAGACUUAAAACCAAGCAACCUCCUCUUAAAUGCUAACUGCGAUUUAAAGAUUUGUGACUUUGGACUUGCUCGUACUACCUCAGAAACUGAUUUCAUGACAGAGUAUGUUGUAACAAGAUGGUAUCGGGCACCAGAGCUGUUAUUGAAUUCUUCAGAGUAUACUGCAGCAAUUGAUGUGUGGUCUGUUGGCUGCAUUUUUAUGGAACUGAUGAACCGGAAACCUUUAUUUCCAGGAAGGGACCAUGUGCACCAGUUACGUUUACUAAUGGAGCUUAUAGGCACUCCAGAUGAGGCUGAUUUGGAUUUUGUGAAUGAAAAUGCAAGACUAUAUAUUCGCCAACUUCCUCGUCAUGCACGGCAAUCGUUCCCUGGAAGGUUUCCCCAUGUCCACCCUUUAGCUAUUGAUCUUGUUGAAAAGAUGUUAACAUUUGAUCCUAGACAGAGAAUAACUGUUGAAGAUGCGCUUGCACAUCCCUAUUUGGCAUCUUUACAUGACACUAGUGAUGAACCAGACUGCAUGAUGCCCUUCAGCUUUGAUUUUGAGCAGCAUGCUCUCUCAGAAGAACAGAUGAAAGAGCUAAUCUACAGGGAGGCUCUCGCAUUCAACCCGGAGUACCAACAAUAAGAGUUUCCAAUAUCCUAUUUAUUGACCCUUUGAUCAGCGCAAGUCGUGGUUUUUGCGUGCAAAUAUUUGCUACUGAUUCCUCAAUGUAUAUAUGCUUCACCAGAGAGAUUCUUUUUGGAUAGCUAUGUUCUGAAAGGCUGUGGAUAUUUAAGGGCAAUUGUAUGAAUGCUUGUGCCUCUGUAUCAUACUUAUUUUUGAUUAUUUAAAUCUGACUUCUUUUAACUUC